CGUGUCUUGUCUAUCUCGAUUUAUCUCUUUCACAGUAAUGACCUAUACCCUCGAACAUUUAUUGAAAUUGUGACUCGGAAAAAUAUCUGUAAGUUUGCAAUAGUCACUCAUUCAAACAAGAUUUACGUUUUUAUUAGGUUAAAUUUCCGAUAUGUAUAGAGUUAUUAUUCGGACAAAGAAAUGUGCGAAACUCGCUAACCCGAUACGUCUCCUGAGUGCCGUUCCCCCCAAAACCGAGGGGCCGUUAUUCUCCACGAAAGAUGAUUUUCCGAAUAGGCAUAUCGGCCCCAGGGAAAGUGACAUCAUUACAAUGCUGGAUACCUUGGGAUAUAAGAGCCUGGAUGAGUUGACCGAGAAAGCUGUUCCUAAAAAUAUAAGUCUGAAUAAACAACUGGACAUUGAGGAACCAAUCGGUGAAUACGAACUGAUCAACCGAAUACGUGAAAUAGCUGAAAAAAACAAGAUUUGGAGGUCGUACAUUGGAAUGGGAUACCACAACUGUUGCGUACCGCACACCAUAAUGAGGAACAUUUUCGAAAAUCCUGGCUGGACCACGCAAUAUACACCCUAUCAGCCUGAGAUUGCGCAGGGUCGCCUGGAAGGCCUCCUCAACUACCAAACAAUGGUCAGCGAGCUAACUGGCUUGGAAGUAGCGAACGCUUCCCUCCUCGAUGAGGGUACCGCCGCUGCAGAAGCUCUUUCUUUGUGCUUCCGACAAAACAAGAGGAGGAAACUGCUGGUAUCGAGCUUGCUUCAUCCUCAGACUAUUUCGGUGGUAGAAACGAGGUGCGAGUCUUUGGGACUCACCGUGGAGGUCGUGGAUGUUUUCGAGGCUGACUUUUCCAAUAGGGACGUUGCCGGAGUUUUGUUUCAGUAUCCCGAUACUGAAGGAAAUGUACAGGAUUUCAGUGCUUUGAGUGAAAAUGCGCAUUCACAUGGAACCCUGGUUUGCUGUGCAACAGAUUUACUAAGCUUGACUCUCCUGCGGCCUCCAAGCGAAUUUGGGGCAGAUAUAGCCAUCGGUACAUCUCAACGUUUAGGGGUACCAUUGGGUUAUGGUGGACCUCAUGCUGGAUUCUUUGCUUGCAGUCAGUCAUUGGUUAGACUGAUGCCGGGAAGAAUGAUAGGAGUUACCAGAGAUGCAGCUGGAAGGGACGGUUAUCGGUUGGCUCUACAAACUAGGGAGCAGCAUAUAAGGAGAGAUAAAGCCACGAGUAAUAUAUGCACUGCUCAGGCUCUUCUGGCCAACAUGUCUGCCAUGUUUGCGGUUUACCACGGACCCCAAGGCCUCAAGGAUAUCGCCACCAAGAUUCACAAUAUGACCUUGAUAUUACAUUAUGGUCUCCAAAAGGACGGAAAUAUCUUGCCCAAUGAAUACUUCUUCGAUACCUUAACCAUCAAGCCCAAACUGGACAUAGCCGAGAUCAAAUCCCGCGCAGAAUCCAAACGAAUUAACCUCCGCUACAACGAAAAUGGAUCUGUGGGCGUCUCCCUAGACGAAUCCGUCACCUCCCGAGACGUGAACGACCUCUUUUACGUCUUCGGCUGCUCGGAAACAAUAGAGAAUCUCUUGGACAACCCCACGGUCAGACAAAGAUCAAUUUCAAGAAGCGAUUUCAAGAGAACGUCAUCGUUUCUAACUCACCCCGUGUUCAACUCCCACCACUCCGAGACCAAGAUAGUCAGGUACAUGAAGAUCCUGGAGAACAAGGACAUCUCCCUAGUGCACAGCAUGAUCCCACUCGGGUCUUGCACCAUGAAGCUCAACUCGACUACGGAGAUGAUGCCGUGCUCCUUUAGGCACUUCACGGAGAUACAUCCUUUCGCGCCGAAGGAGCAAACCCUGGGCUAUCACCAGCUGUUCGCAGAGCUGGAAAAAGACCUCUGCGCCAUCACGGGGUACGACAAGAUCAGUUUUCAGCCCAACAGUGGGGCCCAGGGCGAGUACGCUGGGCUGAGGGCGAUUCAGAGCUAUCACGAGGCGAGAGGUGAUAGAAACAGAGAAGUGUGUUUAAUACCGGUUAGUGCUCAUGGUACCAAUCCCGCAAGUGCCCAAAUGGCCGGCAUGCAAGUGGAACCCGUCAAGGUGCGACAAGAUGGCACCAUAGACGUAGAAGACUUGAAACAAAAAGCCGAAAAGUUCAGAGACAAGCUCUCCUGCAUGAUGAUAACCUACCCUUCAACUAACGGCGUGUUCGAAGAAACCGUAGCGGAUAUUUGCGACAUAAUUCACGAAAACGGAGGUCAAGUCUACUUGGACGGGGCCAAUAUGAACGCGCAGGUCGGGCUCUGUAGGCCGGGAGACUACGGAAGCGAUGUGUCCCACCUAAACCUUCACAAGACUUUUUGCAUCCCCCAUGGCGGAGGGGGACCCGGCAUGGGUCCCAUCGCGGUCAAGUCUCACUUGGCCCCUUUCCUCCCAGGCCACCCAGUCAUCAACCCCCUGGGGGAGCAGAAUUCAACUUCGUUCGGGGUAGUUAGCGCGGCCCCAUUCGGUUCAAGCGCCAUUCUACCCAUCUCCUGGGCCUACAUCAAGAUGAUGGGACCGCGGGGCCUCAGAAAAGCAACCCAGGUGGCAAUCCUCAACGCCAACUACAUGUCCAAAGUGUUGGAGCCUCACUAUGAUACCCUCUUCAAGAGUUCCUCUUCCAACCUGGUCGCCCACGAGUUCAUCAUAGACACCAGAGUAUUCAAGAAGACUGCCAACAUAGAGGUUGCUGACAUAGCCAAGCGAUUGAUGGACUUUGGAUUCCACUCUCCAACCAUGAGCUGGCCGGUGGCGGGGACUCUGAUGGUAGAGCCUACUGAAUCCGAAGACAAACAGGAGCUGGACAGGUUCUGCGAGUCCAUGAUCACCAUCAGACAGGAGAUCAGGGAUAUAGAGGAGGGCAGGUCCGAUAUACGGAUCAACCCGCUGAAGAUGGCACCUCAUACCGCCGAGCAGGUGAUCAGCAGUUCUUGGGAGCGACCAUAUUCCAGGGAGCAGGCAGCUUUUCCGGCUCCUUUCGUAAAGCCAGAAACGAAAUUUUGGCCCUCUGUAGCGAGAAUAGACGAUAUGUAUGGAGAUAAACAUUUGGUGUGCACUUGUCCACCUAUUUUGGAUGCUUAUUUAUAAUUAUUAAAUUAUUUGAACUCAA